GACCCCCCCGCCCUUAACCGGGGCUUCGCGGCCUCGCUGCAACCGAGAUCCCCGCCUCCCGCGACUCCAACCGGGGCCGGGACCGCCCGACCCCCACCGGGCCUGGCACCGCCCCUUCGCGCGCCGCAGCCCCGCCCCUCUCCCCUCGAGCUCCGCCCCUCUCCGCUAGGGCUCCGCCCCUUUUCCUUAAGGCCUGCCCCUCUCCCCCCAGGACCACGCCUCUUUGCCUUAGGCCCCUCCUCCUCAGCGUGGCCACGCCCCUCUCCCCUAGGGCUCCGCCCCCUCCCCACAGCACCACACCUGUGUGCAGCCCCGCCCCUGCCGCCCUAGCCCCGCCCCCCGUGCCCUAGCCCCGCCCCUAGCCCCGCCCCCGGGCCAUGUCGGACUCGGUGCUGCUGCUGCGGCGGGCGCGGGAACGCGGCGGGGAGGCGUCGGCGACGUCGGCAUCCGGGGGGGUCCCCGGGGGGGGUUCCGCCGGCGGGAACCCAUCCCCCCGUCGCAAGCGAGGCCGUCGCCGUCGGUUCUACCCCGAACACCGCGUGUACCGCGCGCGCUGCUCCUUCCUGGACCUGAGCGAGGAGCAGGUGCUGCGGCGUUACCGGCUGGACAAGGCCGCCAUCGCCGGGCUGUGCCGCGAGCUGGGUGCCGACCUGGAGAGCCUGACUGGUCGAAGCCACGCUCUGCCGGUAGCCGUUAAGGUCACCUCCGCCCUCACCUUCCUGGCCUCCGGCUCUUUCCAGACGGCCACGCGCGACACCACCGGCAUCAGCCAGUCGGCCAUGUCCAACUGCCUGGCGCAGUUCCUGGAGGCGUUGCAACGGCGAGCGGCGCGGUACAUCGCCUUCCCGCCGCCCGGUUACGCCGGGGCGACCGCCGGCGCCUUUCCCGGAGUUUUGGGAUUGGUGGGCAGCAUGCACGUGGCGCUGCGGGCUCCUUCCGAGAACGAGCCGGCUUACCGUAACGCCGGCAACUACCACUCCAUGAACAUGCAGGUGGUUUGUGACGCCGCCGGCACCAUCACCAACGUGGUGGCCAAAUUCCCCGGGUCUUGCCCCAACGCCGCCGUCCUGGAGAAUUCGGCCUUGGCCCGGCUGCUGGAGGGGGCUCGGCCCGACGGCGCUUGGCUGCUGGGUGACCGCAGCUACCCGCUGAAGCCGUGGCUGAUGACGCCCAUCGCGGCGCCCCGCGGCCCGGCGGAGGAACGGUACAACGUGCUGCACCACCAGGCGCUGGCCGUCCUGCGCCGGACCCUCGCCCUCCUCAAACUGCGGUUCCGUUGCCUGGAUAAGGGUAGGGGGUGUCUGCAAUACGCCCCCCAAAAAGUUUGUCAGAUUUUUUUAGCUUGCUGUAUCCUCCACAACAUCGCCCUACGCCGCCGCAUGCCGCUGGAGCUGCCCGAGGGGCUCCCCCCCCCCGAAAUUGAGCCCGACCUGCCCCUGCCGGCCCCCCACGGGCAGAUCUCCAGCGAGGCCCGGGCCGUGCGGGCCCGUAUCGUCCAGCAAGUCAAGGACAGCCUCGGCUGAGACACCCCCCCGGAUUUGGGGGGGCUCUGUCCCUCAGGGGGGGGGAUGCCUGACCCCAGCUCCCCCCCCCCCCAGCUUUAGGGGACGCAGGAGUGGGGGGCAGCCCCUGCGAGGAGGGGGGGACCCCCCAUUCCCUACAAGACGGGGGGGGUCCCUGCCCCCUGCAAGGCAAAGGACAAAGGGGGGGGGGCCCUGCUCCCCCACUUCUGGGGGCUGCCGCGUCCCCCGGUGCUCCCCAUUUCGGUGCCGCCCCCGCCCCACCCUUGUCCACGCUCGUUCCGGGGUGAAUAAACGUAUUU